AAAAAGGCACCGAGAGGGCGUGUUUGAAUCAGACGAUGUCCCACCCGUGGAGGAUUCUGAACCCCGGAUGAACGUGGGGCUUGGCAUCCUUCGAUCCACACCUGGGAUAGGGCUCGUUUUUCGGAUCAAUCUGGAAACCAAGGAACCUUCAAAAUGCUACGUAUGCAUCCACAUAUCCAUGCACGCGUCACGGUUAGAUCCGACUACUGUCGGGCCUAAAGACUCUCCAGCGGCACAAAGCCACGAGCCUCCUGUGCCUAGGGAAGAGUCGUUGCCCUUGAUACUAGCAAAAUGCUUCGCGAAAUCUUGUACGCCUUCACUGGAUUAGCCCUAUUGGCUUAUGCCGCGGAUUUCUUCUACAACGCUGGAGACGAUCCAAAUGAGCCGGUCCGGAUACGUUCGAGAUUCCCCCUUAUCGGACAUGUCCUGGGACUGAUGAAUCAAGGGCCAACCUACUACAGAAAGACGAGUAAUUCAACCGAAGCUGAGAUCUACACACUGGGAUGUUUCAACUUCAAGGUCUACAUCAGCGCUUCCAGCCGGCUUCUGCCAUUCAUCCAGAAGCAAUCAAGGGCUCUGUCUUUCCGACCUUUCCUCCAGCUCGUUGCGCGAAAGUAUGGCGAUGCUUCUGCUGCGACCUACGAGAUCUUUGGAGGCAGUCUCCCCGAUGACUUGAGCCAGUCAGUGAAAAUGAGCUUGGCCCCAGGCCGCCAUCUUGACGAACUGAGCCUCCGAAUGGGCAAGAGAGUCUUAAUAGACAUCAAUGACUUGCUUGCAGCCAAGACAGAAGUGCCAUUGUUGUCUUGGGCCAGACAUGCUGUUGUGCAAGCAACAAGUUGUGCUGUCUAUGGCGAGAAGCACCCUUUUCUCGACCAGGAAAUCGAGAACUCUUACUGGAAAUGGAUGACAUAUCUCACCGCCCACUUGGUUGGCUGGCUUGAUGUGACGAAGAAGGGUUACGCGGCAAGAGAAAAGGUGUUUCAGUCAUACAUCAGGUACUGCAAAAAGCUUCCCCAGGAGAGUUCUCAUCUUAUGAAAGAGCAUCAACGUGUUCUGGGAGAGGCUGGGGUAUCUAGUACGGACAAGGCUAAGCAAGCCGCCAUCUUCACUAUUGCCUCGUUCAGUAACUCAGCGCCGACUCUGUAUUGGACCUUGUGGGAACUCUUCUCACGCCAAGAAAUUCUCGACGAGGUCAGAGAAGAGCUCACAAGAUACGCAGUUGUCAAGUCGGAAGACGGAGAAUUCUUACUUGACGUCGCCGCACUCAAGUCUCAGUGCCCCCUCCUCCUCUCGGUGUUCCAAGAAACUCAGAGAACCCGCCACGUCAAUCCCAGUUUCCGCAAAGUCUUAACAGACACGCUUUUGGACGACAAAUACCUCUUGAAAGAGGGUAAUUACCUUCAAGUACCCGGAAAUGUCAUUCACAAUGAAACUGGCAUUUGGGGCCCGACAGCUUUGCAAUUCGACCCCUAUCGCUUCAUACCCAAGAAGGGAGGCGAGCGAGAUGUUUCGACUGCCAGCGGCUUUGUCCCGUGGGGUGCUGCGCCGUAUCUAUGUCCGGCGAGACAGUUUGCCGCCACCGAGAUUCUGAUUAUAGCUGCGCUGCUUGCCAUGAGGUCCGAUAUAUCACCUGUGAAAGGACUUUGGGACAAGAAUCCAGCUGUAAAUCAUGCCGAUCUUGCUACCCUUUCGCCACCUACAAAGGAUGUCGGCAUGCGUGUAAGGGUUCGAGAAGAGUGGGCUGGCAAGUGGACAGUACAGAUGGGUGAGAGUCGAAGCCGCGUGCCUCUCGCCUCCGGGUAGCUUUAAUACUCCUUUCGGAGGCUAAGAUAGUUCUCUGGAACAAUACAAAGGUACUACGACUGUGUUGCCCAAUGGUGAUUAAAUUUUCGAGUACGCGAGACUCACGUUCUUUCCUUGGCGACAUAUGACGACUUCUUGAUAUUCCAUCAAUUUUCAAUCGAAUAUUGGCAUCGUUUAGGAAAAUGGCAGGUGAAAGAACGCAAAGACUCUGCUGGCUGUGGAUGA